AAACGCAGCCUUUGAUGGAAGUCUCCUAUAAUUAUAUAUGAAAAAAAAAAUAUCUUAUUUAACUAGACAAGUCAAUUACGAACAAAUUCUUAUGACAAAUUAGUGUGACUAAACAAAUUAACACUAUAAGCAUACAUCCGAACAUGCUUGAUAAAUGGCAUUCAUCCGUCCCUCCAUGUUAAGACUGUUGUAAUCUCGUCCCCAGGCUCAAUUGCUACAGUGUACAGGUUGUUGUGGAGAGACGGCGACGGUUGGUGGACCGCUGUCACGACAAAUGCGCGGAGAGAUUCAGCGCGUGAAUUUGGCACGCAGUCGACGGUGCCAAGUAGAAUCAGACCUCUGGCUAGGAGUACAAUACGGCUUUGGAACUGAAGCUCCAGUCAAACUCUGCACUUCAACCUCACUGCCAACUGAAGCUCCAGUCAAACUCUGCACUUCAACCUCACUGCCAACUGAAGGUCUGAGCUUUCAGAACGACUAUUCAUUCCGGGACAAGACUGCGCUGGUAAGGAGUGCUACUGAUCUCGACGCAAAUCUUCUGGCAGUCCUUCCCAAAGUUUCAGAAUUAAAGAAACAUUUUGAAAGUGUUGUCUCUAUUGAUUUGGACAUGGACAGCAGGAAGGAGAGGAUAGCCAGGCGUCUGGAGGGUAUAGAGAGUGACGUUCCUCCUGCCCUGACGCCCAGCUGUGCCGGCCUGGUGGUCAACCGUAUCCUGGAGGAGGACCUGCCACGAUACGCCCGGGCCUCAGACCCCUGUGAGCCAAUCAUGGUGAAACGUUACAGCAGAGAAGACAUGGAGAUCCCACAGAUGCAGGUGUCCUCCCCAGACAGACGGUCCAGGGCCAGACCGGAGGACCAGCCUGGACCAGCCGCCCAGCCCCACACGGAGCCCGUCCUAUCCCUCCCUGGCGGCCCAGUGGACCCAGUCAGCUCCAAGGCUGAACGGAUCGCCCGCUACAAAGCCGAGCGCCGUCGCCAACUCUCUGAGCGUUACGGCGUCGUCCUGGAUCAGGAGAUCAACAUGGACUACUCCCCCCGUUACUCGCGCUCACGUAGAGAGUCUGACGUCUCCAACAGAGGGGCCCCAGCAGUCACCGAGAGUAGCAGAGAUAGAGAGGAGGUGGAGGAGGGAAGAGAAGGAGGGAGGGAGAGUUCUCGCAGGGCUCCCUACAGCUCCAGACUGGGCCGGGUCUUCAUGCAGGCUCACCCUGCUGAGGCUGACAAAGCUCCUGCCCCAGGCCACGGUUCUGCCCAUACCCAGACCGCUCCGCCCACCCAGGCCCCUCCGCCCACCCGGGCCACCACCUUCUCAGAGCGGGAGAGGAUGAUGAAUCUGGAGAACUAUCGGCUGGCCCAGGAGAGGACAAUGGCAGGAGGGCCCAGAGGAGCCAGCAGUAGGCCACAGGAUACCCUCCAUACCCAACCCCAGCAGACCAUUCCCCAGGCCAGCCCUCUGGACCAGCAUCUCAGUCCCCCUUCAUCCAGGGCCUCAUCCAGGGCCUCAUCCAGGGAGUCUUACAGAGUGGAUGCCGUCCCCAGCUCCCCCCUGACAGCCCGCCGAGCCUCCCUGCCCUACGGCAUCUCCCCCGGGGACCUGUUCAUCGAACAGCAGGCUCAGGCUGUCCUCAGCAGACAUGGCCUGGCAGCCUUGUCUCAGAGCGACUGGUCUCUCCAGACAGACUCCGAAGGUGAUGCUGCCUCUCAGUCUCUUAUCAGCUGGCCAUCCAGGUCACAUAUGACUCCAAUAGAGCUACAGAACCCAGAAGCUGACGAAGACAAGCUUGAUGAGAGAGCUAAGAUGAGUGUGGCUGCUAAGAGGUCCCUUUUUAGGGAGCUAGAGAGGAUCACAGGUAGCAUUCCCAGACCACGGUCCCGUGAGAGGCGUCUGUUACGAGUCCAAGACCGCUCGCGCACACAGCCUAUCCCCAACAAGGAAGUGGGCAUCGCUCACACUGUUCCUGCUAUGUCCUCACAAACGGUGAUGGUCCACUCCACAGUAGCACCUAUCCCCAGUCCCACUGUAGUCAGCACCAUCACAACCAGCUUGCAGGAGGCGUCACAGCACGACUCCAGGGUGCGGAGCAUUGGGGAGCAGGAGAGGGAGGCCCAGUCAAGGCAGGAAGGAGAAGGACCAGGGCCUGAGAGGAUGAUGGAGGACCUGGGUCCAGAUGAGCCUGACCUCUCCACUCUCAGCCUGGUGGAGAAGAUGGCCCUGUUCAACCAGCUGUCCACGCAGCCCUCCAAGCCUGCCGCUAAGGGGUCUGGGGCCUCCAGGGUGGACACCCGCCAGCGUAGGGCAAACUCCCGCUUCCAGACCCAGCCCAUCACCCAGGGAGAGGUGGCUCAGCUGCAGAAUGGAGACCGGGUCAAGCUAGAGCCUCUAUCCGUUUCCUUGGUCCGCUCCGUGGCAUCCGUCAGCUCACAGCUCUCGGUUGCCACAGUAACCGCGGUGAACUCCGGCAUGGGUGACCACUUGGGGAAAUCUACGGCCGUCCCCUACAACCCCCCUGCCCCCACCACUACCACCCUGGACAGAGGGGUGAGGUACUUCAGCCUGACCCAAGGUGGAGACUCCUCCAGUGUCCCUGAACCAGAUGUGUACUCCCCUGGCCUUUCCCUGUCAGAGCAGCAGCAGGCUCACAGCAGAGCAGACAGAGGAAGGGCUCCCGGAGCCGGUCGCUCGUUCACUGGCUACAGAGAGGAGGAGGAGGAGGAUGUAUCGGGAGGAGGGACCAGAGAGGAGAGGGAGAGCCGUAGUGGUCGUGGAGGCAGGGAGAGCAGAGACAGCAGGCAGCAGCGGUAUCAGCCCACAGCCCCAGAGCAACAGCCCCAGAGCACCACAGCCCCAGAGCCCCAGCUACCUCAGGCUCAGCAGCGGCACGCCAGCGGUAGCCACGAAAGGGACGCGGAUCACACCAGUGUGUCAUUGAGAACUGCCACAACAGUGGUGUCGUCCAGGAGGGUCUCUCACAGCGCCAGUGUCCAGCAGCAGCAGGUUCAGUCUUUCACCCAGCUUCCCCAGACUCUGCCCAAACCUUACACCCAACAACCCCCACAAACUCAACUCCAGCCCCAUCCCCAGCCUUACGCUCAUCCACCUCAGCUCCAUCCCCAGCCUUACUCUCAUCCACCCCAGCCCCAUCCCCAGCCUUACUCUCAUCCACCCCAGCCCCAUCCCCAGCCUUACGCUCAUCCACCUCAGCUCCAUCCCCAGCCUUACUCUCAUCCACCCCAGCCCCAUCCCCAGCCUUACUCUCAUCCACCCCAGCCCCAUCCCCAGCCUUACGCUCAUCCACCUCAACCCCAUCCCUUCACCCAGGCACUUUCAGCCCAGCCCAAGCCCCAGGAAAGGGAGAGACGAUUCACCCAGCCAUUACCCAAGCCCUACUCUCAGAUAACCCCUCAUACUCAACCCAAAGCCCAGUCCUUCCCCCAGCCUCCUCCGCCCCCUCCCCAGACCACUCCCCAGACCCUACCCGAGCCCACGUCCUUCCCCCAGUCCCUGGUCAAGUCCAAGUCCAUGCCUCUGGACAGCAGUGAAGUCUUCGCAGGACACAGUGUGUCCGACCUCCUCUCCCCCGCCAAGACAGAGCUCUCAGAGAUGUCCGCCAAGCAGAUGUCCAUCAAGGAAAGGCUGGCCCUGUUGAAGAAGAGUGGUGACGAGGACUGGAGGAACAGGAUGAAUAAGAAAAAGGAAGUGGUGACGGUUUCUGUGACUGAGAGACACUCCACAGUACAGGGAUGGGAGGCAGCACAGACCUACAAGAAGGAGGAAAGGAUGGUUAUUGAUGGUUUUGCUGCUGUCACUGUGUCUGAACAGCUGUGGGGGAAAAGACAUUGUGAACCAGCUAAAGAUUUGACUGGGGAACCCUCCCCCCGUCUGCUUCAGCCCUGGACCCCCCAUCAUGACUUCAGACUUGAUUUAUCCAAAAUAAUCUCUGAACCUGUCUUUUCCUCCACAUAUUCUCCUCCCAUCUCUCUUGGCCAUAAGUGCCAAGUUAUUGACCCUCGCAGUCAGGGGAUGGGAAAGGAGAUGGAGAUCCAGGCUCAGAUGUCCAUAGAGGAGAGGAAGCAGAUCUCUUCAAGGGACGAGGCCUGGGAGUCGACAGGAAAGGGCGUGGCCAACAACUCUACCCAGUACACUGCGACCGAACACAUGGUCAAGAAAGUGGCAGAUCUUCAGGAGACCACUCUGACAGUGACCGAGAAGGCUGUGAAGGAGGUGAUGAGGAUGGACGAUGAGAUCUUCUCCAAGUUCUACAGUCACGUGGCUGAUUUCCCACGCAUGCCCAGCAGGAUCGAGAUCGACGAUGACUUUGAUGCCAUCUUUGGCACUCCGGCACCAAAGUUGAUCUCAGCCUUAGCGCAGCACAAACGGGCUGUGAGACCGUCUAGGAACGUCCAGUCGUCUAAGAACCCUCUGAAGAUGCUGGCGGCCAGGGAGGACAUCAGACACGAGUACACUGAGCAGAGACUCAACAUCGGCCUCAUAGAGAGCAAGAGGAUGAGGGAUGAGAAGUUGAAUACUAGUACUCAGAUGUACUCGGAUGCGGCCCUGGCUGGGCUGUCCAGUAAGGAGAACUCAAACAAAGUGAGUCUGAGGAGCGUCAACAUCUCCGAGCAGAUGUCUAACAACAGCGCUGUGCCCUACAAGAACCUCAUGUUGAUGCAGGUCAAAGGCCGCCGUCACGUUCAGACCAGACUAGUGGAGCCCAGAGCCUCAGCCCUGAACAGUGGAGACUGUUUCCUGUUGGUUACUCCUCAGCACUGUUUUGUCUGGAUGGGAGAGUUUGCUAACGUUAUAGAGAAAGCCAAAGCCUCUGAGCUGGCCACGUGUAUCCAGACUAAGAGGGACCUGGGCUGCAGAGCGAGCCAGAUCCAGACCAUCGAGGAGGGGGUCAACCCCCAGAACCAUGCAGCCACAGAGUUCUGGAAGACCCUGAGAGGGCAGCAGACCUACCAAUCCGCGGGGCCACUGGAGGAAGAUGAGCUGUUUGAGAGUGCCAUCGUGGAGACAAACUGCAUCUUCCGUCUGCUGGAGGAUAAACUGGUUCCUGAUGAUGAUCAGUGGGGGAAGGUUCCACGCAGCACACUACUGCAAUCCAAAAAGGUGCUGGUGUUUGACUUUGGCAGUGAGGUGUAUGUGUGGCACGGUAAGGAGGUGACUCUAGCCCAGAGGAAAGUAGCCUUCCAGCUGGCCAAACACCUGUGGAACGGAACCUUUGACUACACCUGCUGUGACAUCAAUCCUCUGGACCCUGGAGGAUGUAACGCACGCAUACCCUGGAAGGGCCAGGGGCGUCCUGACUGGGCCAUAUUCGGCAGGCUGACACAGCACAAUGAGACAAUCCUGUUCAAGGAGAAGUUUCUGGACUGGACAGACACUAAGAAACCACAACCAAAGAACAGCAACCUACAAGUCACUGAGCAGAAGGAUUUGCCAGGGUGCGUGUGCAGGCCGUAUGAUGCAGCGUUGAUGCUUCCUGUACUCCAGACAGCUGUCAGCACGGUGUUGGAUGGGAUGAACGUGGGCCGAGGCCACGGCUCUGUGGAAGGAGAGGACAGGAUGAGGACUCUAGAGAUCAGCACAGUGUCUGUAGAUGUCUGGCACAUCCUGGAGUUUGACUACAGCCGGCUGCCCCAGCAGAGUAUAGGCCACUUCCACGAGGGAGACGCGUACGUUGUGAAGUGGAAGUACAUGGUGAGCGCAGCAGUUGGCAGGAGGCAGAACCCGGAGCUGAGGAGCUCCGAACCGGUGAAAGAACAGGGCUGCUACUUCUUCUGGCAGGGACGGAACUCCACCGUGAGAGAGAAAGGAACGUCAGCACUGACGACAGUGGAGCUGGAGGAGGAGAGAGGGGCCCAGGUCCAGGUACAGCAGGGGAAGGAGCCUCCUUGUUUCCUGCAGUGUUUCAACGGGGGGAUGAUUAUACACGGUGGGAAGAGAGAGGAGGAAGAGGAGAACAUACAGACUGAGUGGCGUCUGUACUGCGUGCGGGGGGAGGUCCCUGUAGAGGGACACCUACUGGAGGUGGUCAGUCACUGCAGCAGCCUUCGCUCCAGGAGCUCCAUGAUCCUCCUCAACGUCAACAAGGCCCUCAUUUACCUGUGGCACGGCUGCAAGGCCCAGCAACACACACGGCUGGUGGGCCUCACCGCAGCUCAGAGGAUCGAAGAACAAUGUCCGUUGGAGGCGGGGCUCCACAGCAGCAGUAAGGUGACCAUUACAGAGUGUGACGAGGGAUCAGAGCCCACGGGAUUCUGGGAUGCUGUAGGGAUUAAAGACCGGAAAGCCUACGAUUGUAUGCUGCAAGAUACGGGUAAAUUCAACUUCACCCCUCGGCUGUUCAAGCUGAGCAGUUCUUCAGGGCAGUUUGUGGCUACAGAGUUCUACCACCCCUCCAGAGCUCCAGACAUGGUCAGCUCUCUGCCCUUCCUACAGGAGGACCUGUACCGCGCCUCCCAGCCUGCUCUGUUCCUGGUGGAUAACUUCCAUGAGGUGUACCUGUGGCAGGGCUGGUGGCCCCAGGACAGCGAGAACCCCAGCUCCACCAGGAUAAGAUGGGACAUGGACAGGAAAUGUGCCAUGGAAACAGUGCUGCAGUACUGCAUGGAGAAUAAUGAGAAGACGUCUCAGAAGUCGUAUCUGAUCCAUGCUGGUCUGGAGCCUCUCACUUUCACCAACGUGUUCCCAAGCUGGGAGCACAGAGAGGACAUUGCUGAGAUCACUGAGAGGGAGGUGUGUAACCAGAUCAUCCUGGUGGAAGAUGUGCUGGCCAGGCUGUGCCAGAACACCUAUCCCCUGGCUGAGCUGUUGGCACGCCCACUUCCUGAGGGUGUCGACCCCCUCCGCCUGGAGCUCUACCUAUCAGACCAGGACUUUGAGAAGGCGUUGGACAUGAAGAGAGAGGAGUACGAAGGAUUACCAGGGUGGAAGCAAGUCAACUUAAAGAAGGCUAAAGGACUGUUUUAGUGUAAGUUAACCUGACGAUGGUUGUGGAGAGAAGAAGAAAUUCAACAACUCUUGGAGGACAGUGGAAGUUGAUAAAAUACUUAUUUAUUGUUAAGACCAACCUGUUUCAUCAGGUUGGUUGUGGAGAGAAGAGGACACAGAGACCGAUGUAGGCCACCAGGCGGUGUCACCCAUCCAGCCCUUCCCAGCGGUGUGACUGAACACCUAGCUGGCAGCACUUUAAAUCGGAGGAUGUGAUCAUCGUUUAGGUGGAAUGGAAUCAAUGGAACCGUAUCAAACGCAUGGGUUUUUACAAGAGAGUUUGAUACAAUUUCAUUCACUCCGUUCCAGUCAUUAUUAUGAGCGUCCUCCCCUCACCAGCCUCCUCUGCUGAACACACUCUCAGAUACGAUAAGUGGGAGAAGAGGACAGAGGCUGGGUUGGGGGAUCUGCUAAGGUGUGCUAGCCUCAUGUAGCAUCAUGUUUUUAACUUUUAAUUAUGUAACUAUGUAGGAAAAUCCUGCUUAGCACAUUUUCUCAGUGGCUUAUCAGGAACUGUACAAGCAGGACUUGCUCUUUCUCCCUGUGUCUCUCUGUCUCUCUGUGUGUUUCAUACUGUACUACUGUGUAUGUAGACACUGUACUAAGUCUCCUAGAAGCACUUGCUAUGUCACCACUCCUGCCACGUGAGUUGAAGAGGACAGUCAGCAACUCUGGGAGGUCAGUGGAAGUUGUUAAAAAUGCUGCUUUAUUGUUUAAAAUAAACUUGUUUAAAACGGCCCGUAGCCUUCAUCAGGGUUUUACACGUAGGAAAAUGAAGAUGGCCGACAGAACUAUAUACCAUGGACAUCGUCAAUGACAUCAUCAAUGACAUCAUCGGUCGGACACACCGCUGUGGUCUCUGGCUUGGUGGUGUUUGUGAAGUCUUUCACAGAUUCACAAAGUAUUCAUACCCCUUGACUUAUUCCACAUUUUUUGUUGCCUGAAUUCAACAUCUAUAAAAUAGAUAUUGUUCUCACCCAUCAACACACAAUACCUCACAAUGACAGUGAUUUCAAAUGAAAAACAGAAAUACACCCCUGAGAAUACUUUGUAGAAGCACCUUUUGCAGCUUUAAAAAAUUUGUUUGUAAACAUUUUGAAUAAAUAAUUUCACUUUGACAUUAUGGGGUGUGUGUGUGUGAGUGUGUGUAGGCCAGGGACCAAAAAAAAUCCAAAUGUAAUCCAUUUUAAAUUCAGGCUGUAACACAACAAAAUGUGGAAAAAGUCAAGGGGCUGAAUACUUUCUGAAUGCAAUGUACAUCAAUGUAUGUAAAACUGUAUUCAACUUGAAAGUUCUGUGUCAGUAGGAACUUUUUUCUCCCCCUUGUCUACGAUGUCUCAAAAGGUGAUAACAUGCCGAGUAUGUACCUUUUUAGAUUCAAAUUCUCCGGUAUGGUACCUGGGCUGUCAUAAUGAUGUCUAAGCUUCACAGGUACCUGAGAAAUGUCAACGGUUGUAUUUUUACAGGCAUGGAAUUCUUCAUGGGGGGGGGAAAACCUGAUUUAUGUGGAUGUAAUAGUGCCUUGCGUUUGUGUACAGUUUAUAUACAGGAAUUGUCAUCUGCGUUUUCAAAGACUUUAGUGAAUAAACAAAAUUGCAAAUCCCAAAAUCCAAA